AUGAAAACAGGCUAAUUAUUAAAAUUCACAGCACUUCUUUUGUUAACUGGACAAGUCAAGUACACCUUGUCUAAAGUCCUAUUCAGCAAAGAUCUUAGUGUCAAUGGUACUCUGCAAGCAAAUGAAGGUGUAUUCAAAAAGCUGCAUGUUAAGGAGGUUUGUAAUAUUGAUGAAUUACUAUCUGCUGACUCAAUUAAAUCGAAAGUAGUUGACACUUAACAGUUGUAUGUUGAUGUGAUUUAAGGUUUAGGUGAAUCUCGCAAUCCAAUAAUAAUCUAAGGUUCUCUGAUAAUAGAAGAUGCAGAUGAGGUGAUAAAAUCUCCUGCUAUUUAAAACGCCAUGCUAAAGAGUACUGGUAGGAGUCGUGUUUAAAUUUCCAUGCCUCAUAAACUUACACAAUCUACUGCAGCUUCAUAAUAGCUGCACAAUCCCUAAGAGGGCUUUUAAAGGUAAUAUGCCGAUUCAUAAAACGAUUGGGUUCUUGUUGGCAAGGAUGAUUUCAAUAAUAAAGAAGAUGUAGAGAAAGGAGGUUGGAGUUUCACUUAGACCUCAUUCUGCCAAAAUUCUCAAGACAGGUUCCUUGGAGGUCAUUGCCUUUUAAGUAAUUAAGAAGUCUCUAAGGAAUAUAGAGAUCUACCUAAGCAUAGUAAAUUACUAGUGAUGGCUUCUCUUCACUUUUUGGAUAACUGGAAAGGAGAAACAGCUACUGUCGCUAUCGAUAAUCAAGUUUCCUGGAUGAAAUCAGUUAGAGCUAGUGAGAAUUCAGUUGAUCUUUGCGGAGGAAAUUUCAAAGAAGCUGCUUUUAAUGUGCCUGUGAUCAUUGAUACUGUUCAUAGCUUGGAUACUAUGAAAUUAACAUUUAAAGCUAAUUUAGGCAAUGAUCCCUGCGAAAAGAGUCUCGGAAUUGAUAAUGUUGAAGUAUAUGUCAAAUGA